AUGUGGAACUAUCUAUUUGGCGGCAACAAGGGCCAGAAGAAGGAGCUUCCCAAGAAGGCGAUUGUUGAGUUGAGGGAGCACAUCUCGACCUUGAACAAGAAGAGGUCCCACUUGGAGCAGCAGAUGGCAGACCAGGACGCCUUGGCCCGCAAGCACAUCGCCACCAACAAGGUGUUGGCCAAGAACGCGUUGAAGAGAAAGAAGGGGUACGAGACCAACUUGGUGAAGGUGGAGAACCAGAUCGAGUCGUUGGAAACCCAGUUGACGGCCAUCGAGGGCGCCAACUUGAACUUGGAGACCAUGAAGGCCAUGAAACAAGGUGCAUCGGCCAUGAAACAGAUACACGGCGAGUACAACGUCGACAAGGUCGAGGACACCAUGGACGAGAUCAGGGAGCAGGUGGAGCUUGCGGAUGAGAUCUCCGAGGCCAUAUCGAGACCCGUGGGCACCGAGUACGUGGAUGAGGACGAGCUCGACGAGGAGUUGGCUGCAUUACAGGAGGAGGAGAAGCAGCUGCACGCCGUUCCGGCCCAGAAGGCCCGUCCUGCUCCGGCCCAGGACCUUCCUAACUUCCCUACUGUCACCAAGACCCAGCCCCAGGCUGCUGCCACCGAGGACGAGGACGAAGAGGCUUUGAAGGCGUUACAGGCGGAAAUGGGGUUGUAG